CUGGUCUGGUGACGGAGACUCGUGCCAACAAAUCCAAUCCGGCCUCUGCCACGAAAUUAACUCUCACUCUCUGCCCUCCAGCAUCCCCGAUUUUUCGGUCUUUUCCCAUCCACUUCACUCAUUUUCACUCUUGGGACAGGACGUGGGAAUCCAGUCCUUUCAUCUGGAGAUUAGUGCGAUUUUCUAGUUGCUUUCAUCUUCCGUCGAUUACAUAAGUUCGCCAUGGCCAUUAUUCGUGCUCUCCUUUCAAGAGCCUCCGGCGUCCAUUUUCAAGCAGCCCAAGCUCAGAAAUUUGGAGCGGCCAUCACUGUCCCAUGCCGAUUUGAAAGCACGAGUUUGAAAGAUGUUCUCAAACAAAAAGUGCCCAUUGAGCAGGACAAUGUUAAGAACUUUAGGAAGGAGCAUGGGUCAACUGUCAUUGGAGAAGUUACUGUUGAUAUGGCUUACGGUGGGAUGAGAGGCAUCAAGGGUUUGGUCUGUGAAACAUCGGUUUUAGACCCUGAAGAAGGAAUUCGGUUCCGCGGGUAUUCUAUCCCAGAGUGUCAAAAAUUACUUCCUAAGGGGCCUGGUGGACAAGAACCCCUACCCGAAGGUCUCUUCUGGCUUCUAGCAACUGGAGAUAUACCAACGGAGGCUCAGGUGAAAUCACUUUCACAAGAGUGGGCAUCUAGAGCUGAUUUGCCGCAGCAUGUUGUGACCAUGUUGAACAACUUUCCCAAUCACCUUCAUCCAAUGGCUCAGCUUUGUGCCGCCGUGGCAGCUCUCCAUUCUGAAAGCAAAUUUGCAAAGGCGUACCAGUCUGGAAUUCCGAAGAAGCAAUAUUGGGAGUAUGUGUAUGAAGAUGCCAUGGACUUGAUUGCCAAGCUUCCACCACUAGCUGCCACUAUUUAUCGAAACACUUACAAAGACGGGUCUUCUAUUGGUGGGAUAAAAAGCGAUUGGGAUUGGAGUAAAAACUUUUCAUCAAUGUUGGGUUACGAGGAUCAACAGUUCAUCGAAUUGAUGAGACUCUAUCUAACAAUUCACAGCGAUCAUGAGGGAGGCAAUGUCAGCGCCCAUGCUACACAUUUGGUAGGAUCAGCUCUGUCCGACCCUUACCUUAGUUUUUGCGGAGGAAUGUGUGGAUUGGCUGGUCCACUCCAUGGUCUUGCUAACCAAGAAGUAUUAAUCUUCCUUACAAAAAUCGCAAAAUCCAUAGGGGCUGAUGCUUCCGAAGAUAAGUUGAAAGACUUUCUUGUAAGUGAGCUGAAGCAAGGUCGUGUUGUACCAGGAUAUGGUCAUGCUGUCUUGAGGAAAACUGAUCCACGUUAUACAUGUCAGCGAGAAUUUGCUUUGAAACACUUACCGAAUGAUCCCAUGUUCAAGUUGGUUUCCAACAUUUACAAAGUCACCCCUCCAGUGCUCUUGGAUACGGGCAAGAUCAAGAAUCCCUGGCCCAAUGUGGAUGCUCACUCUGGCGUCCUUUUACAAUACUACGGAAUGAAGGAGAUGAACUACUACACCGUUCUAUUCGGAGUCUCUCGAGCCCUUGGAGUAAUGGCAUCUCUAAUUUGGGACCGUGCCCUCAAUCUUCCGAUCGAAAGACCAAAGUCUAUGUCUACUCCAGGGCUGAUGAAGUUAACAAAAGCAAAAAAGUAAAUUACAACAACAGCUAGAAACUCUUAAACCGCGUAUCAGCUAAUCUGGAUCUAAUCGGAUUUAUUGGCAAACGUCACCAUCAUAAAUAAUAAUAAGUAAUAGAACACAAAAAUAAAGUAAAUUGUAAAUUUAUCACUCACUUCAAGUUAAACCACGUAUUUUUGACAAACCAUAAAGUUUUUGUGUUUAAUUGUCAAUCAAUUCUUGUCUGGAAAACUUAGCUCUCGUGUCGUGUGUAUGCUAAAGAAAACUUUUGUUGUUGUACGUAUUUUUUUUCUUGGCAAAAUUUCUUUAAACUCGAUUGUUCUUCUUUUAAUAUUUUAUCCGUGACGUAUUGAAAACUGUUCAAAUCCUAAUGUGUAUCAAAAGAUAGAAAACUUGGUGUAGUCGAAUACUUAGAUUUAGAUAUAGCUUGCCGCGUGGCAUAAAAUUAUUGAAUUUGUCUUGAUGAAAAGCUAUACUGUGUAUUAGAGGCAGCUGUUAGGACACCUACGAUAGAUUUUAUUUUCAUCACAUCCAGAUAUACGGUCAUUAGCUAGCUUUCGAAUUUGUCGACACCAAGCACAAUUAUUAUUGUAAUCUUGAUUAUUGCACAUGUACACACUUCAUAUAUUAAUAUAACCUUACAUUUAAAAUCAAACUUCAACGCGUGAUAGAUGUAUGGACAACACUGAACACGAGGAUGUAAUCAAUCGCAAUAAAGACUUUAGAAACAUG